UCAUUCAAUCCUGUGGAACAAGCUGGUCAGCUGGCUGAGUCCUGGAGUUAGAGCACCAAUCUGCACAUAAGCAGUUGCAAUGGGGCGCUUUCCUCUCGGCGUUAUGUCUCCCCAAAUUCAGGGAAGUUUAGGAGGAAGCUGCGAUGCACUGAAUUUCUACUGCACCACAUAUAACAACUCCUAUGGUUUGUCAGAUAUACCCACGGGGGGAUUCUCACAUCGCAGUGCUGGUCUCUCUCACAGAAGAACAGGAUAUCAGUCCAACCUGCGGCCAGCGGUCUAUUACUCACCCAGCUUGGACCGGCUGGAUAAUCCAAACAUGGGGUUGAUGCUGCGAAACAACUACACAUCAAUAACCAACAGGGAUUUUGGGCCUCUGAAAGUACCUACUGGCACGGAACCACUCCCUUAUACACUUCACCCACCAAACAGCGGGUACCAUAAGAGCAGCGAGAUUACAAAUCCCAAGUUUAGAGCUGUUAAGUCUGUUCACUUUGACACCCGAGAUCAUUGUGCCAGUGGCGUGGCUGGUGUUCCCCCGGUGCAUCGCCCGCUGCUAACUGCACAGAAAGGAAAGGGAGCCCCAGAGACGGAAAACUUCUAUCAUGGUCCAGCCUUUAUGUCUACAGAGUACAAAAGCAGGUUUACACCGGGCAAUGGGCAUCGUCCAGGUUUUCCUCGCUCUGCUGUUGUCGGUCCCACAGAGAAUUCAGGCUUCACUGAAGGCUUAAAUUUGGAAAUAAUAAACUAUGACCCCUACUCACAGCAUAGAGCACCGAAAGGAUAUCACCGUAUGAUGGGACAAAGUAUGACCAAGACAGAUUUCCUGCCACUGACUACACUCCAGGGCAGAGAACUGCUACCAGCUUUGGCCAAGAAAGCCGAGCGUGACAGUGGAUUUACACGUGAGGCAAACACAGUGCUGAGUGUCAAUACACCACACGGCACACAGCCUGGUGACAACGGAAACAGACAAAACCUAGACAUGUUGGGACAAGUGUCUGUGGGUAUAAAGGAACCUUCAGGAUACAGUCAGAAUAACUUCCUCUAUGUGCAGCCACAACAACAGCCACCGCAGCAGUAUCUGACCAACUACAACAUGAGAUUCACUGACCCAAAACCAGUCGGGAAAGACAGAGAAGGCUGGACACGAGGAGGUAUACAGAAACAACAUUUCAGUGGCUUUUCAUUAAACAACGAAGAUCACGUUCCUGGUAUUUAAGCAGAGGAUGCAAAGAGGAGAGACCCAGGAAGCAUAUUGGAAUCAAGUGUAGGAUCUUUCAAGAUGACGCAUUGAGAAGGAUCACUGGGAAAAUGUAACAAGCCUCUUCCUGCUGGAGAAACUUUGGAUGAUUCUGUUUAAAAUAAAAUGCACCACCUGCUUUCAUGUACUUAAGAUAAUAA